GAUCUGUAGUCAGCAUGAGACAAACUGAGCUCCUCGUCCUCCUUUUCCACUGCUUUACUCUGCUGUUCCAGGUACAGGAUUUAUUUAUACAUUAGUUACUAUCUUAUUGUUUGUACGCUUUGUUAUUCACUGGAGUGAGCGAUGGUUUGUACGUUACAGCAUUCCAUCGGAUCUGAGUUCAGAAAUGUGAGAUACAGAAGUAGUUACGCAGGUAAACACAGUUUUACCACAUUAUUAACCAUCAGGUCUGUAAUGAUAAUUUUACUGCAAUUUACAAUAAGCAUCAAACCCAGGUUGAAGGUUUCUGUGUUUCAGCAUCACAUUUUUUAAAAUACUGACAUUUAGUUUAUUUUUAUUUGUAUAGUGCAAGUAAAAAUAGACUAGAUGUAGGUUUGGAUUUAAUGCUGAACAGAUUUAUGAAGUGAAGUUAAAUAUAAAAAGUCACUGUAUUUUGUCAUGUUCUGGUUUAUUAGAAUCUAUUAUGAGUUACUUACAAGAGAACGAAAGAACUGCGGUGGACACAAUUAUGGACAUCAAUGACUAUGAAGCAGUGGAUGUGAAAGAUGGAGUGAAACUCAGAGAGGGAGAUAUUGCCGUCUCCAGCAGAACUGAGAAAAGUUGUUUCGCCCAAAGCUGUUUAUGGUCCAAAUCUGUAGAUGGGCAUGUUUACAUCGCAUACACACUCUCACCUGAAUACACUGAAGUGGAUCGCCGAACUAUAAAACAAGGGAUGAAUCUGAUUGAGAGAAACACGUGUGUGCGCUUUGUACCCAGAACACACCAGAGAGACUUCCUGGACAUUCAGCCUAAAACUGGGUGUUGGUCAUAUUUGGGCUCCAGCGGCGGCAGACAGACUCUUUCCUUACAAAGUCCAGAGUGUGUGAGCUCUGGAGUUGUUUCUCAUCAGCUCAUGCAUGUGCUUGGAUUUGUACAUGAACAGUCACGUGCUGAUCGUGAUAAAUACAUCACCAUCAAGUGGUCAAAAAUUCAGAAAGAUCAUGUAAGGAACUUUGAGAAGUUUAAGAUGAACAACAUAGACAUGCCUUAUGACUAUGGCUCCAUCAUGCACUUUGGAAAAUACGCCUACUCUGAAAACGGUGAUCCUACCAUUGUUCCAAAACGAAGCUGGAACAUUAAACUGGGACAGCGAUUUGGUCCAAGUAAAAUUGAUGUUAUGAAAAUCAAUAAACUCUAUGAAUGUGCUUAGUAUUGUAAUUAAAUCUAUAUGAUAAACAAUGUAAACAUUUACAGCAUUUGGCAGACGCUCUUAUAAAUAAAGCGCAUCAAAAACACAUCUUUUAAAUUCUUUAUUAUAUAUUAACAU